UUUAUAGCUUUAAUACUAAAUUUUUACUAUACUAUUGGUGAUAAAUGUAUAGCCGGUUGGGACGCAUACGAUGGCCAACUAAAGUGUAUCAAAAUAGUCAGCGAUUCACUGGAAACAUAUGCUAAUGCUGUUGAUAUGUGUGCAAAGCUGGCACCGGGAGGACCAACACUGUUGACAAUACAUUCACCAGAGGAACAGGAGUAUUUUGCUAACUAUCUAUACAUCCAACAUAAACUAGUUGAAUCAAUAUGGUUGGGUGCUAAAGUCAAACAACAACAAAUGACCUGGAUGGAUAAUUCUAAUGUUACCUAUACUAAUUGGUUAGAUGGUAGACCGUGUAACUCUAGUGAUGUUGAAUGUGUGGAAAUGCUAGCUGAUCCCCAACAAGGUAAAUGGUAUGAUCGAGCAUGCAAUAAACGUAACCAGGUAGUUUGCCAGUUGAUGCAAUCGAUGCCCGUAAGUGAACUGGAAAAGUUGAUAUUACAAACAAUUGAUCAAGUUAAUAAAUUACAAAUUGAAUUAGCUAGUCAAAUAGAUAUAGCUAUUAGACAACAAUAUGAGCUAGAUAAAUUGAAAUCAAAUCCGGUUCCCGUGGGGUUUAUAUAUACACAGUUGGGGGGUCAACCCGAACCCAGUCAACUAUGGCCCGGAGUUAAAUGGCUAGAUAUAACUCACGAUUAUUCGGGAUUGUUUUUUCGGGCUGAAGGUUCGGGUUCCCUACCGUUUGGUCAGAUACAGGCGGCUAACUGGUCCCGAUUGGCAUCGGUUAGUACGUAUAGAUGGGAAAUUAGCGCAACCACUAGUCAAGGAUGGCGUUUAACUGAUUUACCCGCAAACGGUUGGAGCAAUGAUACUAAUAAUUGGUAUCCACAGGAAAUGCGACUAUAUUUUACUGCAACGGAUAAUAGGCCCCGAAAUCAAGCCAUCAGACUAUUUAAACGCAUUUAG